GCCAUGAAUGUUACAGCUGCCAGUGUGUAUGCUUGUAGGUUGGUUGUACGUGUGUCUCGGGCGGAGAGCUGGAAAGUUCAUAGAUGACUGUUUCUGUGUAGUUGUUCGAAAAGGUGGUCAGCGAGUUGCCCUUUGACGACCUGACGGAAUAUGUCUUCUUGCAAAACUGCAACAAGUGGUUCAUGCAGCCUCUGGGUGAAAACCCUCAGUCAUCUGGUGGUGCUUUCCUCUUUGUGUCCUUUGGUAUCUGGAUACUCUGUGAGAGAAAGAGUACAUGACUUGAUGUCCAGAUAUCCUCUUAUUGACGGUCAUAAUGACCUAGCUCUCCAGCUGAGGAUUCAUCACAAUAAUCGUUUGAGCCAAAUUGACCUUCAUAAUGUCAGCAAAGUUGCCACAGACAUUUUCCGUCUUCAAGCGGGCCAUGUACAGGCACAGAUGUUUGCAGUGUAUGUGAUGUGUGGGGCCCAGGAGAAAGAUGCUGUCAGGCUGACUCUGGAACAAAUAGAUGUAGUUAGACGCAUGUGUACUGAGUACCAGGACUUUGAGCUGGUCACAUCUGCUCAAGAACUGCAGAAUGCUAAGAUGAGACAUAAGAUAGCCUGUCUAAUAAGCAUUGAAGGUGGGCACUCCAUUGACAGCAGCAUACCAGCCCUAAGGAUGUUUUAUCAGCUUGGAGUCCGCUCCAUGGCCCUUACACAUACCUGCAACACACCCUGGGCCGAAUCCUCCUCCAAACUUUAUAAAGUUUAUCAAAGACACAACAACAGCCUGACACCCUUUGGAAAGGCCGUGGUGGAGGAGAUGAACAGACUGGGAAUGAUAGUGGACCUUUCCCACACUUCUUGGGACACAGCCAUGGCCGUGCUGAGGCACUCCAAGGCUCCUGUUAUUUUUAGUCAUUCAUCUUCCUACUCCAUCUGUAACCACAGCCGCAACGUACCUGACUGGCUGCUGAGGGAGCUGAAAAAGAAACAAGGAUUGAUCAUGGUGAACCUCCACAGCAAUUUCAUUUCUUGCAAGGAUAAAGCCAACAUCUCUCGUGUGGCUGAUCAUUUUGAUCACAUCAAGAACGUGAUUGGAGCUGAAUCAAUAGGAGUUGGAGGGGACUUUGAAGGUGCUGUGAGCUUUCCUCAGGGGUUAGAGGAUGUGUCAAAGUAUCCCGCCCUGAUCCAGGAGCUCCUGCAAAGGAACUGGACUGAGCAUGACCUGGCUAAUGUCCUCCGUAGAAACUUCCUGCAAGUGUUUGAGGAGGUGGAGAGGGUCCGUGACAACUUGAGUUAUAACCUGCCCAGUGAGAUCCAGGUUCCCGCCGAAGAGGUUCAGAACUCCUGCAGGCUGGACCUCAGACCUCCUGACAGGAGAGGGCUGCCCUCUGACCAGGGUCCCUCCUCUAGAGCCCAACAGAGACCAAGAGGUCUGCCAGUCCUGGCUAUAGUUGUACUGAUUUCAAGCCUACUGAUGAUGGACUGAAUAUUCAGGAACACAGCACAGCUACUUUUUCUUUGGAGGGCUUGUUGAGAUGGCAGAAGCUGUGUGUGGGUCAACCUGGCACCACAAAGGUCAGUAUAGAUAAAUGGAGACUUGGACCACUUUUUCAUACCUCCAAUACAAACUUUCAGUUUGAAGCCUUACAUGUGAGGUCACAUACAUUCACUCCUUUUAAAUACAGUAAGCUAUGAAAAUAAUACACAAAUCACAUUAGGGCUAUGAAAUCUUUGUUGUGUUGUGUUUAUGAGAUAUUUCAUUUGUUACUGGAAUUUUUUUAAGCGUAUACAAAAGUUUGAUUUAAAAUAGAAAAAUGAUACAGAUGGAUAAAACUGAAGAUGUGGUAUUUAUAGUAUUUUAUAGUUUGAAAUCUAUAAU